AUGCACUGUUUGGAGCAGCUCAAGGUUUACACCAAUACGAAAGUCAGCGAUGUUGUGCUGGAUCUCAAAUUGAAGGCUCUGAUCCUGGACCUUAUUCAUCACAUCGAUGUUGUGGACCAGCUCACCAACAAUCAAGCCAGUUCAUCUCAGUGCUGGACAUGGCAACGUCAGCUGCGAUUUUAUCUUGUCGGAGAUGCGGUCGUGGCACGACAAGUGAACAGCGAGUUCAACUAUACCUAUGAGUACCAGGGUAAUACACCGAAACUCGUUCACACACCUCUAACGGACAAAUGUUACCUCACUCUCACGCAAGGUAAGACACUUUCACAGAGAUUCGCCAAGCCUUUCGAGAAAUUUUCAGAGAAAAAUAAAAGAGAGGAGCUGUUUUUAUGGGUUCCAUG